AUGGCUAAAGCAAGUUAUGGAUACUACCGAGCCACUAUAUUUUUGGCCAUGUUCGUAGGCUACACACUGUACUACUUUAACAGAAAGACUUUCUCCUUCGUGAUGCCUUCGCUCAUGCAAGAAAUUGAGCUGGAUAAGGAUGACUUGGGCAUGAUCACCAGCAGUCAGUCUUUGGCCUACGCUAUCAGUAAGUUCAUCAGUGGCGUGCUUUCGGACCAGAUCAGUGCCCGCUGGCUCUUCUCCAUUGGCCUGUGCAUGGUGGGAGGCAUCAACGUGGUCUUCUCCUGGUCCUCCACUGUUGCUGCCUUCUCCGUCCUGUGGUUUUUCAAUGGCCUGGGCCAGGGCCUUGGCUGGCCUCCCUGCGGUAGGGUGCUGCGCAAGUGGUUUGAGCCCUCUCAGUUCGGGACAUGGUGGGCCGUUCUCUCCUGCAGCAUGAAUCUGGCUGGCAGCUUGGGCCCCAUUAUUGCUACAGUGCUGACCCAGAGUUACAGUUGGAGGACGAUACUGUCGGUAUCUGGGAUGAUUUGUGUGGUGGCCUCCUUUUGCUGUCUGCUGCUCAUCAAGAAUGAGCCCAAGGAGGUGGGGCUGCCCAAUAUAGACACAGGAGCCAAGAAGAGCAAAGGAGGAGCCUCCACUGAUGAGAGCACCCUGUCGGAAUUCCUGCUGUCACCCUAUCUGUGGCUGCUUUCUGUGUCCUAUCUGGUGGUGUUCGGGGUGAAGACAGUCUGCACAGACUGGGGCCAGCUGUUCCUCAUUCAGGACAAGGGCCAGUCUGCACUUAUGGGUAGCUCAUACAUGAGUGCCCUGGAGGUUGGAGGCCUGUUGGGCAGUCUCGCUGCAGGUUACUUCUCUGACAAGGCGGUGGCCAAACAAGGCAUGAAACUCUACGGCAACCCUCGGCAUUUCAUCCUGAUCUGCAUGAUGGCUGGGAUGUUUGUGUCCAUGUACCUGUUCAGAGUCACAGUUUCUCCUGACAGCUCAAAGGUGUGGAUACUCAGUUUGGGUGCUGCUUUUGGUUUCUCCUCUUAUGGACCAAUAGCUUUAUUUGGAGUUAUAGCCAACGAGAGCGCCCCAUCCAACUACUGUGGGACGUCACAUGCUAUUGUUGCCCUGAUGGCCAACAUUGGCGGCUUCCUGUCUGGACUACCCUUCAGCACCAUUGCCAAGCACUACGGCUGGGAAACAGCCUUCUGGGUAGCAGAGGUCAUCUGUGGCAUCACCACUAUUGGAUACUUCCUGCUGCGCAACAUCCGCACCAAGAUGGGUCACGUGUCCAAGAAGACCGACUAA